UUGAAAUCCGCGCUCUUUUUGAAACGUCAAACGCGGUUUUCUUCAGCCAGUGUUCGGUUCGUGUGGUGUCUGUGCGAAGAAAAUUACGUGCAUUUUCCGAAUUUUCUGUGCAAAUUCUGUGCGAUUGCCGGUGACUCAUUGCGGGUGUAAUUAGUGCCGUAGACUGUGCGUGAAAAUUGGACGAAUUAGUUGGUUUUGGGGGAGGUAUUUUAAAUCGAUCGUGAGGUCGUGGUUUGAUACGAUACGAGAAGGUUCGCCCGAUCGGUAGCGCUAGAGAUCUUCCGGGCCAGGAAGCGGAUUAAUGAGCUCGAAGAAGGGCGACGAAAGGAAGAAGCAAACUCAAUAACAAGCGGACAACAAAGAAGGAGUAAGAAGAGGAAUAUAUUCGCGAGGCAAGGAUGGAAUCGGUCGCCAAAGGCGAUUGCAAGUUGUCCCCUUCGGCAUCGGCUAAGAAGCUGAAGCAAACGAGACUUCCGUUCCAGAUCUUAAGUGGAUCUCCGGUGGCCGCUCCGGAAGCAACCAAGUCAACUCCGAAUCGCAAACGGAAGCCAUCGAUCGAAGCUGAUACUAACAGAGCAACUAAAAUUGGCCGAACAUCCGAAGCAAAGGAAAAUGUCAAGGAUUCCGUUGAACCUGUUGUGGUCCUAGAUGAGGAAAGUACGGAGGCACCCGUUGCGAAUGACUCUGCCGUGGUUGAGAUUCAAGAGGAUGAUUUAUCGCAAACUCCUACUAAGAAGGCUGAUGAAAGUAACGGUGACUCGGGUGACAAGGACAAAGAUGACAGAAUUAUGAUUAAGUUCCCGGUUGGUAAAAAGAAAGCUCGUAAGAGCAGCGCUGGAGAUGAAGGAUCAGCGAAGAAAAAAGUCUCAAAAGAGAAAAAGAAGCAUCGAAAGGUGGGCAAGAAAAACAAGGAGCAUGAUCAGGAAGCCAAGCCAGCGGAGGAAUCAAUCGUACUUGAUGAUAGUGAUAUAUCGGAUGCUGAAAAGGAAGCUGAGAAGGACGAAGUUAAAGUUACAGUCGAUGCUUCCGAUGAUAAGAAGGAUCAGGAGCACACAGAGGAAAAUGAUGUGAAGGUAGAGGAAAAGGUUGAAGAUCAAUGCGAUGCAGAAGAGCCAGUGAAGGUCGUAGAAAGUACAGAAAUCCCCGAAGAAAAAGCUGCAGAAGUUGAAAAAGCUUCCGAUGAGUUAACCGAAAACGAGACGAUAGUUGAGAAUACUUCAACUGAAACUAAGCAGAACGAGCAAUCGAAUGAUGCUAAGAAGAAAGUGAAGGAUGAAGCAAUCACGCCUCGUCGUGCACGCCUUCCGAGAGCAGCUUCGCAGAAAACCAGUGAAGCUGAGCCGAAGAAUGACGAAGUCACACCCAAACGAAGCAAAUCAGCAAAGAAAACUCCAACUGAUAAGAACUCUGAAACCAAGACACCUAAAAACUCAAAAGCGGUGAAGGCUGAUACACCGAACUCUAAAGCCAAGCAAACUGCCGAAGGAAUCAAAGAACCAACAGAGAAGGUCAGCAAACCGACCACCGGUGCUUUGGAUAAAAUGUUUGCCAAAAUUCAAACCGAAAGCAAGAAGAAACCUGACGAAGCUAUCGAGAUUCUGAAGACUCCAGAGAAAAAGUCCCCAAAAACGGAAGAUAGCCCGAUGGAAGUGGAUCAACUGGAAGGAAGCGCUGUCAGCACCCCUGCUACCAACGCCAUAAGUGUUAGCAUUUGUUUGGACGACUCCAAUGACGGUGGAGCGAAUGCGGAUGAUGAGGAGAAUGCUUACAUGCUGUGCACACCCAACUCAAAGGACCGAUCCUUGCUGGCGGAUAGCAAGCAGGACAAGAAACUGACACCCAAGCAGAUUGCACGGCGGAAGGAAGCCGAGCAGAAGCUGGCCGCCAAACAACAGGAACUGGAGGAAAAGAAGAAAAAGAAGCAAGAGGAGAAAGAAGCCAAGCAGCGCGAAAAGGAGGAACAGGAGCUCCAGAAGAAGAAGGAGCGAGAGGAGAAGGAGGAGCAAAAGCGCAAGGAACGGGAAGAGAAGGAAGAACAGAAACGCAAGGAAAAGGAAGAAAAAGAAGAGCAGAAGCGCAAGGAGAAGGAAGAGAAAGAGGAACAGAAGCGCAAGGAGCGGGAUGAGAAGGAACGCAAACGGCUGGCCGAGGUGGAAGCAAAGAACGAAGAAAAGCGCAAAAAGGAGGAACAGAAAGAGGAAGAGCGGAAGAAGAAGGAAGAGGAAAAGGAAGCCGAAGAGAAGCGCAAACAGAAGACGGCCCAGGCUUUCCAAAGCUUCUUCGUGAAGAAACCGGCGCAGAGGGAUGUGAAGCAAUCGGACGACGAAAAUUCGAUGGAUCGGCAGUCGGUGGGUGAUGGCAACGAGGCGGUACCUCGCCUGGCAUUUAUGCCCUUCUGUGUAAAGGGCGAUAUGCGACUGGCUCCAAUUUGUAGGGCUACCCUUGAGGAGGAUCGCAAGAAGCGGCUGGAGAAGGUGCUAGUUGAUUCCCCAUCGGCUCAGGAGGUCAGCAGGCAGGGACUGUAUCUGCAGCAACUGAAGCGCAAAGAUUAUGUGGUGGGCAAAUGUGACCGAACUUGGACGGCGCAGGAUGACGAGGGUGAUGAGGAUGAUGUGAUGAUUGUUGACGACAACGUUUGCCACCAGAUCGAAGUGGACCCGUCAGCUGCCCCAUCUCGUCGCUACCGGGCCAAGUUCUUCCUGUUCGAGGAAAAUCGCCGGCCUCCAUAUCGCGGAACAUGGCGCAAACGCAGCUCACAGAUCAAACCUCGGCGUCCUUUCAUUCAGGAUACCAAAUUCUUCGACUACGAAGUCGAUUCGGACGACGAGUGGGAAGAAGAGGAACCAGGAGAAUCGCUCCACGGCAGUGACGACGAGAAGGAUGUGGACCCGGAAGAGGACUACGAAGUGGACAACGACUUUUUCGUACCGCAUGGUCAUUUGAGCGACGAAGAGAUGCAAGCCGAAGACGACGUGAUGGAGGACAAUAGCCCCGAAACCCAAAAAGCCAAACUGAAAAUCCUGCAGCAAGAAUUCGCCGCCGAAAUGAAGAAAAAGACAGAGAAGAUCAAACCUCGCCUCAUUGGUUGCUUGUGGGAGAAUGGACCCGAUGAUGAGCCAGAAUGCUCGCCGGUCAUCUGGGAAAUUCUCAAAGCUCGAGCCAUGCUGUAUGACCCGGAUGAACCCAUUUCCUUCACGGUUCAGAAAGCCGAACCCGAAUCAAACAACUCCUCACCCUCGAAAGAAAAGGAACCGAUAGAGCGAAAGCCCAAACAGGUCAAACUUGUAGACGAAGGUGUAAAGGAACUGAUUACGCUUAUCCACGGCAGUGCUCUGAACAGAAAGUUCCUAAUAAAGGAAUUCCUCGCAUAUUGGGCCAAGCGUAGGGACGAAGGAGAAGUCAAUGCACCACAGUAUGGCCAGGACAGUAUAAGGACGAAAAUUCUGGAAGUGGCCAGCUGGAGGCCCUGCCCGGACGAAGGGCCAAUGCAGAACAAAAUGUGCUGGUACGUCAACAAGGAAGCACUGGUCAAGUACGGGUUGACCGAUUUGAAAAUCCCUACCGGAUGGGAGUUUAUCUUGAAGCCUAUCAUCAAGAGCAAGAGGGAGAAAAAGCCGAAGAAGGAUGAGGAAGCAAAUGGGGAUGACGAAGGUGAGAAAAAGCCAGAGUCGAAAAAGGAAUCUCCCAAGGAUAAAGAGAAGAACGACAGACUGCAAUCGACACCGAGCUCGGCCACAAAAUCGAAACCUCCGACCACACCCGCCUCCAGCAUCACCAAGUUCACGAAGAAACUCUCCGAGGACGACAAACGAAAACAGUUUGCGAAGGGACGAAAAUCGAGCACAGCCUCUCCCAGCAGCGCAAGCAAAAAAUCUGCCACUACUGCAAAACUACCUGUAGCUGCGCCGUCACCUAGUUCAGACGCCAAACCGGCGGUAAAGAAGCGCGUCCAGCUGCUGAUGUCCGUUCCGCGAGGGCAAAGCAUCAAUCAGACCACCAAGAGCAAUCUAAUCAGUCAAUUUUUGGCCAAGGGUAGCAGUGAUAGUAAUAAGAAGCACACGUCGGAAGCGAUGGAGGUUGAUCCUCCGGUCGCCAGUGGGAAUCACGGCGGCCAAGCGGCCGAACCUGGCGAGGUCAUUGUGUUAGACGAGUAAUGCUAAUUUUACUGGGCAUUGAACCAGCUUUCAAGUGUAUCUGUCGUUGCAAAUAAACUAUUUUGUAAUUUAUUACACGCUAUUUCCGAUAUUGCUAUUAGGAUCCACGAUUUGCUAGUAUAAGCGUAUAUGUUGGAUGCUCUAUUACUAGUUUUAGGCACAUUUAGUUGAUUAGUCACACAGUUAUCUCUACCAACCGCAUCUACUGUUACUCAGUUCUGUUUAGGCAUUUGUUUCUUUUUAUGUGGUUAUCCCAGCAUUGCAUAGGCAAAUACAAUAGCAUAGUGAGUCAAAGAGCGAUUAUCCGGCACACCACCAGAAAAUUGCUUGUAAAUGGAACAGCGAUGAUCACCCGUUUAGUCGUGCAAAAGAACAGGAAAAUCAAACACCAGAAUCAAGAGUUGAAUAAACUGUGUGCGAAAAUGAUACACAUAUUUUAAAUGUA